UCUAGGUUGAAAGGCAGCAAUGGAUUCAAACAUAUCCAUGAUCAUGAGGAUGGCUGGGACUAGGCAGUGUUUCACUCUGUUGUACAUGAGGUUGCCAUGAGUCAGAGCAAACUUGAAAGCAACUAACAACAAUAACAAAUUAUCAACUAGAGUGGACAAAAUUGGAUGGAUGUGAGACAAUAAACAAACUUUGGCAAAUUUCUUUCCUCAUUACCAUUCUCCGUGUUUUUUUAGGAUUAUUUUCUUUUGUCUCCCUUGUACAAAGCAAAGUAUUCAUAUAUGGCUAACUAUACCACAGUGACUGAAUUCCUGCUUUCGGGAUUUUCUGAUGUGUGGGAGCUCAGAAUCUUGCAUGCCAUGCUAUUCCUACUGAUAUAUUUGACCACCUUGAUGGGGAACCUUCUCAUUGUCACAGUAACCACUUUUGACAAGAGUCUUCACACACCCAUGUAUUUCUUCCUUAGGAAUCUCUCUGUCCUGGACAUGUGUUACAUUUCUGUCACUGUCCCCAAAGCGUGUAUGAUCUUGUUGCUUAACAGGGUGAUCUCUAUUGCUGGAUGUGCAGCUCAGAUCUUUCUUGUGGUUUCAUGUGCUACUACAGAGCUGCUGUUCCUCACCAUCAUGGCCUAUGACCGCUAUGUGGCCAUAUGCCAUCCCCUUCACUAUCCUGUGAUCAUGAACCUUCGUGUCUGCAUUCAGAUGACACUGGCCUCUGUAUUCAGUGGUCUGAUCUAUGCAGGUGUACACACUGGCAACACAUUCCGGUUGUCCUACUGUCAGUCUAACGUGGUUCAUCAGUUCUUCUGUGACAUUCCCUCUUUGCUGAAACUCUCCUGCUCUGAUACCUUCAUCAAUGAGGUUGCGAUUUUUUUCUGUGUCCUGGUGAUAGUAGGUGGUUUUUUUAUCUUCAUCAUCAUGUCUUAUAUUCGCAUAUUUUCCACUGUGCUCAAGUUUCCAACCAGAGGAGAGAGGGGAAAGGCCUUUUCCACCUGUGUACCUCACAUCCUCGUAGUGACAGUUUUUGCCAGCUCAGUGAAUGCUGUGUAUAUAAAUCCAACAUCCAACUCACCAGCAAUUCAAGACAUGAUCAUUUCAGUGUUCUACUCUAUAGUCCCUCCUUUCCUAAAUCCUAUCAUCUAUAGUCUUAGGAACAAGCAGGUAAAGGAGGCUGUGAGGAGAAUAUUCUAUUUAGAAAAACAAUAAACUCUAACCCGCUGCAUUCGAGUUGAUUGCAACUCAUAGUGACCCUAUAGGACAGAGUAGAACUGCCCCAUAGAGUUUCCAAGGAGCACCUGGUGGAUUUGAACUGCUG